AUCGGAUGUAGAGAGGGAGCGACUGAGUCUGUAAAGGAGAACUAUAAAAACAUUUUGUGCCACCUCACCGGCCGGCAUUCCUCAUUCAACCGGUUUAGUUAGAGCGUAGCACAGUGUGAUCAUAGGAUUCCCAGUGAAUUUGUGUUUUGUAAUAAAAUUAUAUAACUGAAAGUAAAAAUGCCUGUCGACUUCUACUAUGCUCCAGGAAGUGCUCCUUGCAGAGCCGUCCUUUUGGCUGCUAAGGCAGUUGGAGUAGAAUUGAACCUCAAACCGACUGAUCUAUUUAAAGGAGAACAUCUUACACCAGAAUUCAUUAAAAUCAAUCCUCAACAUACAGUACCUACAAUCGAUGACAAUGGUUUUGCCCUUUGGGAAAGCAGAGCUAUCAUGCAGUAUUUACAGAAUCAAUAUGGAAAGAACGACAGUCUCUAUCCCACAGAUCCCAAGAAACGCGCCAUUGUCGAUCAGCGAUUGUACUUUGACUUGGGAACUCUAUAUGCCAGAUUUGGCGAUUAUUUUUAUCCUGUUGCUUUUGGUGGAGCUAGCUUUGAUCCUGAAAAACUUGAAAAACUGAAUGAAGCAUUCAAGUUCUUAGACGGCUUCCUAGCCAACUCAGAAUAUGCUGCUGGUGAUACACUUACUCUUGCAGAUCUGUCAUUAGUAGCGAGUGUGUCGACUUGUGAAGUUACCGGUUUUGAUUUGUCCCCUUACAAAAAUGUAAAUAGAUGGUAUGGCAAGGUGAAGGAAACGGCACCUGGAUAUGAGGAAGCUAAUGGCAAAAAUGUACUGAUUUUCAAACAACUGGUUGAACAGUUACUCAAGAAAUAAUUUCUCACAAUUUUAUAAUUUACUGUUUUUUAGCGCUUUGUUAUUUUGUAUGAAUAUAUUGCGACCAUUAUAUAUUUUUAAUUACGAG